UUUUUUGGCAUUUCCGUGCACCGUAGGUUGAGAGUGGAAAUUUCAGUAUUUGUAAGGGAGUUAUCGUGUAUAUGCAUGGGUUUAGUUCAUUGAUGAUAAUUGUUGGUGUAGAUGAUAUUGCUGCUGCUAUUUAUGUUGUUAAUUUGUCUUAUGUUUAUGUUCACGAAUGAACUAGAGAAUGAUGAUACUUUAUCGGUUGGAAUAUUAGUGAAUAUCAUGUUUUAUAUUAGUGAUUAAGUUAUUGAAUUGGGUGAUUGAAUAUGUGAGCUAAUUACUUUCGAUUACAAAUCAGAGGAAUUGUAGGAAUGUAGUGCUCAAAUCCUUAAACCCACAGAGGUCAUUUGAUUGGAAAUUCGGAGAUUGGUAUCGGUUGGAAUAUUAGUGAAUAUCAUGUUUUAUGUUAGUGAUUAAGUUAUUGAAUUGGGUGAUUGAAUAUGUGAGCUAAUUACUUUUGAUUACACAUCAGAGGAAUUGUAGGAAUGUAGUACUCAAAUCCUUAAACCUACAGAGGUCAUUUGACUGGAAAUUUGGAGAUUGGUAUCGUCGUAUGUGGAUUACAAAUCAGAGGAAUUGUAGGAAUGUAGUACUCAAAUCCUUAAACCUACAGAGGUCAUUUGAUUGGAAAUUUGGAGAUUGGUAUCGCCUGGCAACAUGGUAAACCGUCCUCGUCUCUAGUGUGACUGUUCAAGGUCUCCCGGGUCACAAUAAAAGCUAGAGUUGGGAGUGUGCACUAGAGAUUACUGAAAUUAGUUUGCCAACGAAGAUUAAUGUGCGGGGCACUUGGAUACAUAUCAAAAGGACUUUCAGGGUCUCCCGGGUGUAUCUAUAGUUCAGCAGAUUGUCAGGGACACCCAGGUCUAAUUAGAAGGGAGAAUUAAGGGAUUUUUGAAAUAGAAGGGACGGUGUUGAGAUGAUUGGUAAAGAUCUCCAAUAGCAAACAAUAAAUAACCUCAUUGGCUCACUUAACUACUAACGUAACUCAAUUUGUUUUAUCUUUUGUUAUUCAAAGUUAUUUGGAAAUAAUAUGGCUUGAAUAUCGUGUAUACUCGAUAUUAGUGUAUUAUUUUCUGUUCCUUAAGUGUGUGCAUACGUUUUCUCAAUGCUCGAUUAGGGUAGGGUUGUGGUACUCAGCUUUUGCUAACAUGUGUAUUUCUUGUUUGUGUUUGUUGUUUUGUGUUGUUCUUCCGGGAUUGAACCUGCGGCAACCCAUUUUAUUAUGAAACUAUGACCAGUUGAACAAGGCUCUUGCUGGGACAGAUCAUUCAUGGACUUCUUUAACGUUGAAGUAUUGCUGCUGUUGAGGUGAUAAAAGAAGAUGGUUAGGGCUCACUUCCAUAGCAAGAAAUUCACUUCAAUAUGGGGUGUUGGUACUAGAACAUACACAUCAGAUGUAACAGUUAAAGAUUUAUCUGAUGCGGCGUUUAAAAAAAUAUGUAGAAUCAUGAUGUCAUGUCCUAAAGUAGGACUAGAUGUCAGACUUGAUCAUAGCGGAGUUGAGCCUUCGCCUGAGAUAGUUGAGGAAGUUCUAAAGAGAUUUGAAAAUGCAGGUAUGAUAUCAUAUUGUUUCUUUGAAUGGGCCGGAAAGCAACAUUAUUACACACAUAGUGUUGAAGCUUAUCACACAAUGAUUGGCUCUUUGGCCAAAAUAAGGCAGUUUGACAUCAUGUGGAAUCUUGUGAGCACUAUGAGGAACAAGGGGAUGCUAAGUGUUGAUACAUUUUGCAUUAUCAUGAAAAAGUAUGCUAGGAUGCAGAAAGUGGAUGAGGCGCUCUACACAUUCAAUGUAAUGGAAAAAUAUGGUAUUACUCCUAAUCUAGCUGCAUUUAACGGGCUUCUAAGUUCUCUAUGCAAGUCUAAGAAUAUAAGGAAGGCCCAAGAGAUCUUUGAUAAAAUGAAUGAACAGUUUGUUCCUGACUCAAAAACUUUUAGCAUACUGCUUGCUGGUUGGGGAAGAGAACCAAAUCUCCCCAAGGCAAGGGAGACUUUCAGGCAGAUGGUUGAUGUUGGUUGCAAACCUGAUAUAGUGACUUAUGGUAUAAUGGUCGACAUCCUUUGUAAAGCAGGGAGAAUUGAUGAAGCCAUUGAAACUCUUAGGAGCAUGGAUGCUAAGGGUUGUAAGCCAACAUCUUUUAUUUAUAGUAUUUUAAUUCAUGCCUAUGGUAUAGAGAAUCGAAUUGAAGACGCCAUAGAUACAUUUAUGGACAUGGCUGAAAAUGGCGUGGAGGCUGAUGUGGGAGUAUACAAUGCCCUAAUUAGUGCAUUUUGUAAAGUAAAUAAAGUCAAAAAUGUUUUUCGAGUCUUAAAAGAGAUGGAUGGUAAAGGCGUUAUACCUAAUGCUAGGACCUGCAAUAUAAUAUUGAACAGUUUGAUUGGGCAGGGACAGACUGAUGAGGCUUACAAAGUGUUUAGAAAGAUGAUUAAAGUGUGUGAGCCUGACGCAGACACAUAUACAAUGAUGAUAAAGAUGUUUUUUGAGAGAGAUCAGUUGGAAAUGGCUAUGAAGAUGUGGAAGUACAUGAUGUCAAAAAGGUUUAUUCCAAGCAUGCAUACUUAUUCAGUUCUUAUAAAUGGGCUGUGUGAGAAGGGUCAGGUCAGCGAUGCAUGUGUAUAUAUGGAAGAGAUGAUUGAAAAGGGGAUUCAACCUUCAGUUUUGACCUUUCGCAAGUUGAGGCAGCUGCUUAUAAAAGAACGUAGGCAAGAUGUACUGAAGUUUCUGCAGGAUAAGAUGAAUCUUUUAGUUAAAGAGCCUUUGUGUGUUUAAAAGGCUGCGAAAACUAUGAUGUAAAACAACAAAUAUAUAGACUGAGUCAGACGAUACAUAUCACCCUUGCUCAAUUGGCCGUUGGAAUUUGAGGUUAGUUCAUUACUACUUACUAGUCAUGGUUUUUGCUUUCCCUUAUGAUUGCCAUAAUCCUAGAAGUAGAAAACCUUUUGUUACUUUAGUCACUAGGUAAAGUAUUAUCUUUAAUGUGAUUAGUUAUAAAUUCGCUGCAA